AUUUCGAUAAAGAAUUUUGUAUAACAACAGAUGCUAGUGGAUUUGCCUGCGGCGCAGUUCUUAGUCAAGAAUAUGAAGGCAAACAAUUACCAAUUGCCUAUGCGUCAAGAGCAUUCACAAAAGGUGAAAGCAAUAAAGCUACAAUUGAAAAAGAGAUGGCUCACCGACUACGACGGCUGACAGACAAAGAGAUAGCCUGUGCACUGCAAGAUGAUUCUGCAAGUGAAGAUGGUCUCGACCUUGAUGACGAUAGUUUGGCUGACCCUGACUUUGACCCGGAUUUAGGAGAGUUGAAUGAAGAGUCUAUGGGAGUCGAAUUUAAUAUGGAUGAUUUAGUAGACUACUUAAACGAUGACGACUAUAACUCUAACCAUGAGGUAGAAGUAGAUCCGAUAACGUCUAGUUCAGACAUUCCAGGUACUUCAGGUCCUCCCGCUAAACGGCGAAAGCCUGAAAAGCUUACAUUACUGUGGAAAAAAAAGAAUCUGGAGCUGAAUGCACAGCAGCUGGCUUUCACUGGCAACGUGUCAUUGCGUUCUGAUAUAUUGGAACUCGAGACUCCUAUACAAUUCUUUCUUUAUCUAUUUCCACCAGAACUUAUAAGGAAAAUUUCGGAAGAGACAAACCUCUAUUUGGUACAGAAAGAUCCGAACAAUAAUUUUUGUGUAUCUGAGACCGAAGUCCGACAGUUUAUAGGUAUCGUAUAUCUGAUGUCACUGAUUCAGCUACCCAGGGUGACCAACCAUUGGGGUUCCAUUCUGGGUACAAAUCUAAUUCAACAGACCAUGCCUUCUAAUAAAUUUAAAAAGAUUAGACAAUAUCUACAUUUCAAUGACAACACAAAAUGUCUUCCCAGGAGCCACCCUGACACUGAUAGGAUUUUCAAAAUUCGUCCAGUCGUUGAUGCUUUGAACGAAGCAUACGCCAAAGUUCCACUAGAAACACGAGUUUGUGUAGAUGAGCAAAUGUGCUCUACAAAGGCGCGAAAUAUGCUGAAAAGAUAUAACCCCAAGAAACCUCAUAAGUGGGGAUACAAAUUAUUUGUUUUGAGUGGUGUUUCCGGUUUCGCUUAUACGACAGAAGUUGAGACUGGUAAAGAGAAUGUUGUCAAAGCCGACGAGCCAGACUUAGGAGCCUCUUCCAACGUCGUAGUGAGAUUAUCGCGUAUGAUUCCGCGACACCAAAACUACAGGAUCUAUUUCGAUAACUACUUUACAUCUUUGCCUCUUUUGGAAUAUUUAGCAAACGAAGGUAUUCUUGGGCUAGGUACUAUUAGAAGAAAUAGAAUUCCUGAUUGCAAGCUGUCUACAGAGAAAGCGAUAAUGAAGAAAGAUCGUGGAUAUUCGGAAGAAUACGUAUCUAAUAUUAACGGUGUCGACGUGUCAACGGUUGUAUGGAAAGACAAUAAACUGGUUACAUUGGCUUCUACAUUUGCUGGCCAAAAUCCUAUAUCUGAAGUCCGAAGAUACGACAAAAAGAACUCGAAGUAUAUUAACAUUCCACGACCUCAUGUAGUUGGCGAGUAUAACCGACAUAUGGGCGGUGUAGACCUUGUCGACAGCAUUAUGGGCAUCUACAAACUGCGGAGCAAACGUUGGCAGAUGCGCCUGUUCUAUCACUACUUAGACCUUACUAUGGCUAACUCAUGGCUACUCUAUAAGAGGGUCUGCAAAUAUAAAAAUCUUCCUGAUAAGACUAUCCUUGCGUCCGCAGAUUUUCGCCUGGAAAUUGCCGAAAUUCUAU